GGGCCGGAGGUGUGCACGGACCCCGUCAUGCUCACCACCUACGCCAUGGGGGUCAAUUACUUCAAGGACGGCCCGGAGGUGGCCCUGAAGCCCGACUCCGAGUACCCCGACUGGCUCUUUAAGAUCCACCUCGGACCCCCCAAGAAGCUGGAGGAGCUGGACCCCGACUCAAUCCAGUAUUGGAGGCGCCUGCGGAAGUACAACACGUGGCAGCGCAACAGGCUGAAGAAGGGCAAGAAGCUGUAGGCGCUGCAGAGCUCGGUGUGCGGGGGCCACCCUGAGUGCCAGCGCGAGUGGCGCUGCGACUGGCUCCCACUUUUGGUCUCUUCUUCUUGCUAUAAACGAGUAAUAAAUCUCUGGUGCGGCUGAUACCUGUUACAGAGGCUGUGGCAAACCCAG